AGUUCCGGCAUCCCGCAAACCUACCUUGAUUCCCAAACGGUCCGAGAAACCGUCUUCGUCACAGAACAAAAAGCUGUCCCGAUAAAAUACCAGCAAGAUCGAGACGACACCCGCUCAUUCUGCUGGGCCCUCUACUCCUCAUCUCCAGUUGCAAGACCUAUUGGUACUAUCCGUCUGGUUCCUUAUCCGCAUCAUCAGCAUCCAGCUGAGGGAGCAAGAUUUGAGGCUCCGGAUGAGGAACCGGAGGGUUUCAGUCAGAUUAUGUUGUUUAAUAUGCCACUGCCAGAGUAUGAUGUGGAUAGGAAGACAAGCUUGCAUGAUGGGGUUGAGAGUUAUAUUAAGUUGGGAAGGCUUUGUGUGGUUAAAGAGGAAAGGGGCAAGAGAUUUGCGGACUUGUUGAUUAAUGCUGCGCUUGAUUGGGCGAAGGCAAAUGCUAGUGAGCUUGGGAAAGGGGUUGGAAGUGGAGUGCCGGAGUGGAGGGGAUUGGUUUGUGUGCACGCUCAGGAGAAUGCGGUGGGUGUUUGGGAUAGACAUGGGUUUGUCACUGAUCAGGGGAUGGGGUGUUGGUUUGAGGGUGGGAUUAGACAUGUGGGCAUGUUUCGAAGGCUG